AGUUAUAUUGGUGUCAACUGUUAAUUGUUUCACAUUAAAGAUGCUAUAAUUAAUUAACAUCAAUCAUUAAGUGUUUUUGACAUUUUGCAAAAACUAUCAAUUAUGGAGAACAUAGACAUAAAACUUGAAAUAACUGGAAAUCAGUGAAUUCUGAAUAAAUUCUCAAAUAAUUGGACUAAAUAUAUUCUAUCAUAAUUGGACUAAAUAGAUUCUCUCAUAAUUGGACUAGUUAGUUUAUCUCUAAAAUGGACUAAAUAAAUUCUUUCAUAAUUGGACUAGGUUGAUUAUCUCAUAAUUGGACAAAACAGAUUCACUUUUAACUGGACUAUCAACCCUCAUAUAUCACAUUUAGUAAGACUGAAAGUAUGUACACUUGUGAGUUCAAACAUUGAGCAGGACAAAACUAAGGCGAUUAACAAUUUCUUUAACAAUAUAAACUUGUUCAAAAUGGACACAAAUUCAACAGAUUGGAUUAUGAUUAAUCCAUCAGCAGAGCAGAUAAACAAGAAAUUAUCAUCUGCUCUUAUUCCACAUAUUGUCAUCCUUGGACUUUAUAUAUUCAUAGCAAUAGUUGGUAAUAGUACUGUAAUACAUGUCUAUCUUUAUAAGAUGAGGGAAUCGACAGACAGCCGCUUUUUCAUACCGUGCCUUGCUAUAGCUGAUAUUCUGGCUUGUACAGUUGGAGGAUUUUGUGGUAUUUAUUUGUCAAUUUACAUUGUGGAUUUUAACAGUGAUGUGGGAUGUAAAAUGAUAUGGUAUUUAAUGACAGCCAUUACAAGCGGAGCUGCAAUGAUCUUGGUCUUCAUUGCUUAUCACCGUUAUACAAAGAUUUGUAAACCAUACAAUCAUACAAAUCUAAUGGAAAAGAAAAUAACUAUUGUGAUUUGCUUGUAUGUUACUUCUUUUGUCAUUUCAAGUCCACUUAUUUUCACAUCAGGUGUGACAACAUUUACCAGAGGUAACAGUACGUUUCACACUUGUGAAAGAAUCAGUGAGGACUAUAUCGAUGGGAUGAAAUAUAACAUUGCUAUAGGGUAUACAGUAUUUGAAGCUUUAGUUGUCAUAACCAUUGCUACACUGAUGACCAUUUGCUAUACCAAAGUAGGUUUAAAGCUUUUCCAUCAUUUUAAACAGACGAGUAGGAAUUUGAACAGUUUAAAGACAUCAAACAUAGAAAAUGAAGAACAUAGUCGGGACUCAGUUGCCUCUAUAGAUUCUCAAUUAAGUGUUGAAAUACAUGAAAAUAAGCCAUCAAACUCAUCUAAUACCACUGCAUCAAAACCUUCAAAAGAAACAGCAUCCAAAAGGAUAAAACGCAAAAAGGAGAAAUUCAACAGGAAACACAAGUACACCUUUAUUUUCAUUGCAAUAUCUGUUAUAUGCAUUGUUACAUAUACACCCCGUCUAAUUCUCAUGAUCAUUGAAUCAGCAGAUAGAAAAUUUUGGUUUAUUUCUACCAGUAAUUUGUCUUUGUUUCCUUUCUUGAAAUUUCUAAAUAGGUUUUAUAUUGUAAAUAACAUUGUCAAUCCUUUUCUUUAUGCCAUGUUUGAUCCUAAAUUCAAAAGAUGUCUAAUAAAUAUAUUUACUUGUCAAGAAACUUAAUAAAACUUGUAAAUUGAGUGUGGAAAAUUA